AUGCAGAGACACAGUUCAAAGAACAGAAUGACUUUAGCAGCCAUCUCUGUGUCUGCUGCUGCUAAGCCGCCGGUCACGUGGGUUCGGGAGCGAGGCUGGCGGCUGAGGGGCGCAGGCGGCAGUAUGGCGGCGGCGCUGGGUGGCUUGGGCCUCUUGCACGGCCGGUUCAGGCUAGCCGCCGCGGCCGCUGCCACCUCCUCCACCCUCGGCCCCCGGGCUCCGGUGCGAGGAGGCGCCGCCGCUUUUCCCUCAGCCGGGAGGAGCUAUGGAUCGGAGGCGAAGGAGGAGGAGGAGCUGCGAGUGCGGUACCUGGAUGAAGAGCACAAAGGAAUUGUGGUGCUUGGGUUAAACAGAUCUCAUGCCAAGAAUGCACUUAACAAAAAUCUUUUAAAAAUGAUGUCAAAAGCUGUGGAUGCUUUGAAAUCUGAUAAGAAAGUACGAACUGUUAUAUUCCGAAGUGAAGUCCCAGGGAUAUUCUGUGCUGGCGCUGACCUUAAAGAAAGAGCGAAAAUGCAUUCAAGCGAAGUCGGUUCUUUUGUCUCAAAAGCAAGAGCAACUAUUAAUGAGAUGGCUAAUCUUCCAGUACCAACUAUUGCUGCAAUCGAUGGAACUGCGUUGGGUGGUGGCCUGGAACUUGCUUUAGCCUGUGACAUAAGAGUGGCAGCCUCUUCUGCUAAGAUGGGCCUGGUUGAAACAAAGUUGGCAAUCAUUCCAGGUGCAGGGGGAACACAGAGAUUACCUCGUACAAUUGGAGUAUCUUUGGCUAAAGAGCUAAUCUUCUCUGCACGCAUCGUGGAUGGUGAGGAAGCAAAGUCAAUAGGAUUGAUUAGCCAUGUGGUAGAACAGAAUGAAGCAGGGGAUGCUGCAUACAGACGAGCACUAGCUCUGGCAAGAGAAUUUUUACCUCAGGGACCAGUAGCAAUGAGAGUUGCAAAGCUGGCCAUUGAUCAGGGAAUGGAGGUUGACUUAGUAACAGGCCUAGCAAUUGAAGAAGCUUGUUAUGCUCAGACUAUUCCAACAAAGGAUAGAAUUGAAGGUCUUCUUGCGUUUAAAGAGAAAAGAUCUCCUCGCUACAAGGGAGAAUAAAAGAAGCAGAUGCCUUUAAAAUGAAAUGGGGUAUAUGUACAGAUAUGAGGACCACUAAGAUGCACUUUGCAUCUAUGCCUAGAAUAUUGCAACCACCAAAGUUAAAGCAAAUCAUACUGAUGUUCCAACAUCUUUUGUGUGUCCAUGCUGGGGCAGGAUAGAAAUGUGUGCCUACUUAAGCUCAUUACAGUAUCUGAAGGCCUUGUAUAGGCAAGGUCACAGGUUCAUACAGCAUUUUAAAUAUUCCAUAUGAAACUUACCAGUCUGUAAUUUAAAAAAGCUCUUUAAAUUCUUUAUAUAGACAAAACCUAAAUAUGAUGUGAAGUAUAAAUCCGGUUUAUCAUUUUAUCAAAUAUCAAAGUGACUGCCAAAAAAACAAAAAUAAAAAAUUGUACCAAAUAUGCAUUAAAAUGAUUCUGUAUAUCAGUAAAAAUUAUGUCUGAAUAUUCUACCUGAAUAUGUACAUUAUAAAUAAAGUGAAGAGAAAUGAAAAAGAUUAUUGUUUGAUAAAUGUCAAAUUUGAUUGUCUAACUUAUAUUAUUCUUAGUAAAACAAAGUUAACUUUUAUGAGAAUAGCACAUAAUGGCAUCCUUUUGGUGAAGUCAUGGCCAGUAUAUUCAUUUAAUUGUAUUAAAUGAAGAUAUCUUAGAGUCCUGCCUUACUAAUGCAUUAUUAUUCUUUAAACUGGCUUUGUCUUGCAUUCUUCCAAAAUAUCAUCUGAUCGGUACUGUCUGCUGUUAAGGAACUUUAUUUCACUUAUCUUAGUUAUUUUAAGUUUGUGGUGACUGUGUUAAGUACUUUUUGUGUGGGGAUAUGACUAAUACGCUGCUAAAAAGACUAGAAUUCUCUUCUAUAAAGGACCCAGAAUAUCCUUUAAGAAGAGUCUAAUAAUGCAUAUUUAUAUACAACAGGGAUGAUAAUGAAAUGUUCUUUGUUCUGUGGCAGCCUCAGGGUUCUUUUCCUACUUUGAAAGAGAAAUUCAGUAGGUUAUGAGGUGAGAAAACAGUGGUGAUUCAUACUGUGUAUUUGUUCUGAUUGUGCUAUAUACAAUAAAUACCUGAAAACAAA